UCCGGUUCUGUCACAACACGCGAGUUCUUAUACAAUUCCUUCGUGCAAAUCAACCCGGAAUUUUAAAAAUCUAGCAAAAUGUCCAAAUACAAGGAGCUGGUCCAACUCUCGACGACGUACGCCCGCCGCAUGAACCACCUGUCGAAUCGGAUCUUUGGCGAGGUGACCCGGCCCACGAACGCCCAGUCGAUGAAGGUGGUCAAGAUGUUCAGCGAGGAGCCGAUCCAGUGCCGGGACUAUGUGGCCAACUGGUACCCGCGGCACGUCGAGACGCACCUGCUGGCGAUGAAGCUGCGCGAGUACGGGCUGUUCCGGGACGAGCACCAGGACUUUAAGGAGGAAAUGAAGCGGUUGCGGGCGCUGCGGGGUAAGGCGCCGCCCAAGAAGGGCGAAGGCAAGCGAGCCAAGAAGUGAGGGGAUUAAUAAAAGCUAGAGAUGGUUGCGUUUAAGUUAGAACUAA